AUGCAACUUUUGCCGCUAGCAGCCCCAACAACAAGCCGUUACUUGCUCAUUAUAGGUGGGGCCUAUGCAGUUCGUGCAUAUGCACAUUCUUUAGGUGCAUGGCGCAUACGUAUUUUUCUCAAUAGACGGGUAGUGGCAUAUGCAGGUCGAUGUCGAUGGAAAUUCAUGUCUACCCUUUUAACGGCGGAUGCCAGAGAUUGGCAUGAUGCGCAUGGGUACCCGGAAGCUGACGUUGUGUAUGCGGAGGCUCUAGAAAAGCAGAAAAAUUGUGGAGGGUUUUCCUGGACAUUUGAGCUGGUUGAUGGAUUUUUCAAGCAGUCCGACGAUGAAACCGAUGACAUGGCUUUUGAGUAUACGAAGCAAGAUUUCGGGCGGAAAAUGACGUGGGAGGAAAUACGGUCCAAGGUGCAUGAGCUCAAUGCUAAAUCAAACGAAAAUACUUGUUACAAAGUGCUUUUUCUAGCUAGGCAUGGCCAAGGUUGGCACAAUAUUGCAAGUGCCAAAUAUCUGGCACAAGAAUGGCAUGAUAAAUGGAGAUUUUUGGGAUACGAUGGCGAAAUCACCUGGGGACCUGACCCACAUCUUACAGAAUUGGGAGUCAAGCAAGCGCAAGAAAAUCGAGACGCUUGGGGUCACCAGCUUCAAAUGAACGCUCCUAUUCCUACCGUCCAUUUUGUGUCUCCUCUUCAAAGAUCUUGUCGUACGCUUGAGGAAACAUGGAGAGGAAUUGAAAUAUCCCCACCAAUUGUCUCGGAGCUUGUUCGUGAAACAAUUGGGUUGCAUUUAUGUCAUAAAAGAAGCAAGAAACUGGAGAUCCAGAACCGGUUUCCAAGUUUUACAUUUGAGGACAAUUUCACCGAGAAAGACCAACUUUUCGAUUCAUUCCAGCGCAGAGAAGAGUAUUAUGAGCAAUUUCUUCGAGCCAACCGCUUCUUGCAAAAUUUAUUUGAUACCUUUAAAGAUGAGUAUGUCUCAAUCACAUCGCAUGCGGGCAUGAUAAGAGCAUUCAUUACCGUGGUGGGCCACCGCAAAUUCACGGUUCCCACUGGUGGUAUGGUUCCAGUAGUGGUGAAGGGGACAAGAAGUUGA